AAAUCUCGCUCACGGUUGUCUCCACGGUUGGUUCUUGUGUAAAAAUUGUAUUGACUAUUUUUCUAGAACGAAAACUAAUUGGGUUUUAUUACAUAUUCACGUAUAUGAGUAUUAAUUACUCUAUCAAUUCAGUGUAAUAGUAGCGAUUAAUUGGGUGUUUGGUGUGAAUUGUGUGUCCGUAUUUGUGAUAUGACGACGUUAUUUUUAUUAUAACAAAAAUCAUGAAUAUCUUUUUGAAUUUUGCGUCGAUUCUCCUGUAUUUGGCGGUACAAUGUCAGGGAUCUGGAACAGAUAUCGCGCUGGACGCGAAAGCCACACUUCUACAUCGAAUAGACAGUUUAAAUCUUUUAAUAUACACUUGUCUGUUAACGCUUACUGUGCUCACGAUUUGGGUAUUUAAACAUCGUCGUGUGAGCUGGCUUCACGAAACAGGACUUGCUGUAAUUUAUGGUCUAAUCGUAGGAGCAAUAAUUCGCUAUGCAGCUAGUACAAACCAAGUUACCUACAUCAAUGUGCACCCUGCACCGGACACAAAGUACAAUCUAUCAGUCCCACCAGAUAUGUUGCGCCUGCAUUUCCCUGAUAAGAUGCAGGUAUCUUCAGGAGAUGCUCCAGUACCAAACAAGACUUAUGCCUAUAGCUUUAGAGGAGAAAUAGUAAAUGUGGAGCAAAAUGAGAUAGAUCUUAAGGCUACAUUUGAUCCCGAGAUAUUUUUUAAUAUAAUUUUACCGCCUAUUAUAUUCCAUGCUGGAUAUUGUCUUAAAAGGAAAUAUUUCUUCCGUAACCUGGGAGCGAUAUUAACGUUCGCAAUGGUUGGCACGGCGCUCUCAGCGCUGGUGAUUGGCUCCCUGAUGUACGGCUGCGUCCAACUAAUGCCGGCGUCCCUCGCAUCCAGCUUCACCUUCCUAGACACCUUGUAUUUUGGAGCACUGAUCUCACCCACUGAUCCGCUGACUGUUCUUGCCAUUUUCUCACAACUUAAGGUGGAUGUUAAUCUGUAUGCGAUGAUAUUCGGGGAAAGUGUUCUCAAUGACGCAGUGGCUCUUGUACUCAGCGGAGCCAUACAAAACUAUGAGUUGAGGUAUUCAAAUGACGGCGGUUUCGAGAUCACCGCGUUCCUGGGGGCCAUUGGAGACUUUAUUGGGAUCUUUAGUCUGUCGCUGCUGGUUGGAGCUCUCAUGGGAUGCUUGACGGCAUUGAUGACCAAGUUCACCCACGUGCGGGAAUGGCCACUACUGGAGUCGGCGCUUUUCGUGCUCAUGUCCUACGCAGCGUUCCUUAUUGCUGAAGUCUGCGAGUUGACAGGUGUUGUGGCAGUACUAUUCUGCGGUAUUUGCCAAGCUCACUACACGUACAACAAUCUGUCUUCGGAUUCCCGCAACCGUACGAAGCAACUGUUCGAGCUGCUCAACUUCUUGGCUGAGAACUUCAUCUUUACCUACAUCGGCGUGUCCAUGUUCACCUUCCCGAAACAUCACUUCGAUCCGUGGUUCAUCAUCGCUGGAUUUGUAACUUCAGUUCUGGGUCGCGCAGUCAACAUCUAUCCACUGUCGUUCCUGCUCAAUCUUGGACGGAAACCACCGAUACCGAUGAAUUUCCAGCACAUGCUGUUCUUCUCAGGUUUACGAGGAGCGAUGUCUUUCGCAUUAGCCAUACGUAACACAGUAUCGGAAGCGCGACAAGCGAUGUUGACGACUACUUCGUUGAUCGUCAUAGCAACCGUCGUACUACAGGGCGGCGCAGCUACUCAUGCACUUGCAUAUCUACGUAUACCUACUGGAGAAUCUGGCAACGACGAAAACGACGCUCUACCCUACCGAGAUGUGCGAAGCCUGUACCAGGCCACGGACUCUGCUGGACCGCCCGCUGACUUAGGUUUCGGCCUACGUAACAUGGACUCAACGCAACCAGCCAGUUGCGACAGGGCAGCAAGAGGCCGCAUGGUAGUUAAGUGGGCUAAUGGCGCGAAGGAAGUGAUUAUGCCUUGGGAACUAAACGGUAUCGAAGAUACACCUCGAGACCGCGGUGAAGGUUCCACGGGACAGAAAGCCCGUCUCGCUAGAUUGUGGGGCGCAGUUGACUCCAAACUACUGAAGCCACUGCUUACUCACGCUCGACCGCCGCUCACCGAGACUCUACCAGCAUUCAUGAGACCUCUGGCUAGAGUGCUCACUACCACUCAUCAAUACACGCAAGGGGAUAACUCGCUGCGUAGAACCGACUCAGACUCAGACCUAUGCAUCGACGAACAACACCCCAUCCCUACAAGUAUUGACCCCCAGCUAUCGAUUAACGUUCGGAAUGGAUAUGGGCAUGUUUGAGCUUUGUAGCGUUAGUGAUCCACGGCUGUGAUAUAUAAUUUGCUCUAAUAGCAUAUAGUAAAAUUUAUAAUUAAUAGGAUAUUCCUUUUUAAUUAUUGCACGCAGCAAAUAUGGCCAGGACUAGUGGACACGAGGAUUUCUGUGGAAGGUAUUACUGGUAGUAACAUCUGAAUUUGUAUUGAAUACUAUUGUAAAAUUGAGUGCCACAAAUUUUAUAUUAUUAUAAUGAAGUUUCUGCGUAAAUUGAGAUUUUAACUGUUUAUAAAUUACACUUUCGACACGUGUAGUCAUGUUACCUACAUAUAUGUUCAACGGAUUCUUUGCCUUAUCUGAGGCCUUAGUACGAGUUGGUUUUUCGUUAAAAGUAAUCGAGACCGCGUUCGAUCCUCUGAUUGGUUGGAUCAUUGGAGUCGGCCAAUCAUAGUGCCGAACGGGUAUAAACGAAGCGAAGACUAUAAACAGUUAAAAUGUUAGUAAGUUAGUGUUGUUAUGGCCAGUGUGUGCUUAAAUCGUAAUGUUUACACGAAAUCACUAUCUGGAUUUAUAAUGAAUUUGUAUUUUAAUGUGAUAAUGAUGAGAGGUGAGCAUAAGAUCUGAUCAUACACUAAUUAAGAAUUCAUGGCUGCAAUGCAAUUAAUUAUAAAGUUGUAGAUUCGGGAGUCGUGUACUAAGCACUCCCGAUUUAGAUAAUGCAGUUAAUUUUAAUUGUAGUUAUAUUAUUUCUUUCUUGUUAGACAAAAAAAUCUCGUUUCGAACUUUUCGUCCGCGUGGUAUUAGCACGUUCCUUAAAUGUAGCAAUAGCUUUAUUUUGUAUCACCAAAAUUAUGUACACUCAACUUGAAAAAGUAUAACACGUUAGCUGUGUUAGCGUGAGCGCAAUAGUUAGUUGCCUUUUUUUACGAACUUCUAUUAAAACCUUUUCAUGUUAAACGAUCUAGUCUACUAUUAUGUACCUACUUACUGAUUAUAAUAAAACGAAUAUCGUGCUUGUUUUAGGACAUUUGAUUUCGAUCUUUAUGUUGACCAUCAAAUGGAAGAUUUAUUUUAAGUUGCUGGGAAAGGGUAGUUAGUGUGUUCCAAUCGAUUUGUUAUUUUACUUAUGCGUCCAUGAUUGUUAUUAUGAAAUUAUUACUCAUAGAAUGGUUUUUAAAACCUCAUCCUUAUUUUGUAAUGUUAGAUUUAUUAUGAAUUAAAGAGAUUCUCAGUUUUCAGCUUUCAAAAGAAUGUUUGCAUCGAGUUUGUUUCAAAAACUAUUUUACCCUUGUAUCUUCAAAUAUUGCAAAUGCUACUUUUAGUAGUUUGUAUUCAUAGAUAGUAUUUUCGCUACGCAUUAAUACCUCAAUAUUGCAAUAGUUUUAGUAACAAAAAACGUAUGGACCUUUUGUAUGUAACUGUACAUUCAACUCUGCAUUUCAUCUUUACAAAAAAUAUAUUUUUUCUAUAACAUCUUUCAUACCGCUUUUAAUGUCUCAUAUCAUAAUAUUAUGUAUUACAUAGACAUAGUAUUUUACUGAUUAAUAAUUUGAUCUCAAAUUGUCAGAAUUAAAAUGGCUAGAAAAUAGUAUUUUUCAAAAUUUUAUACAAGUGUCCUCAUCAGUUGUUUUUUGUGUAAAAUUAAUCUGCUUGGUUUUAAAAACUUGGCAAAUUGAAUUUCUUUAUGUGUAUUAAAACUCUGAACUUUA